AUGGUAAUCAAUGUACAAAACUUUGUUCCAGAAGAUCAUUUGAAUUCAUUUUCACAUUCGAACAUUCGUGAUAUUCGUCUCCUUUGUAAACAUACUGAUAAAUGUAACGAUCGACGAAAUCCAAUGCAUCUAGCGAAAUUUCUACAUACAAUUACAUAUGAAGUUAGUGGUGUUGUUCGUUAUUAUAAUUUAAAUAAAAAUAUUAAUUUUGUUUUAAAUGAAUUGAACAGCAUAAAAGCUAUUACACGUUAUGUAAAAACAAAACAAUGGGAAACAUUAACAUCAGUCAAUACUUCUUCAUGA